ACGAGCAAAAGAGCCACACUGAGAAGAACCAACCAUCUUUUUUUUUUAUACGUUUCUGUGAGGGAGCUUCUACAACCAGAUCUUAGGAUGAAGUUCUACGAGUCCCCCACGACUCAGUCUAUGGGUAUCAAGACUUAUGCCCAGAGCUGUGGUGUUCAAGUUGCCUGCAGGACUGCAGCCCCUCUGAAGCCAGUUCGGAGCGUCCACUUCCCCAAUGACAUCGUUUUCCAGGACUACGUGAAACACGGUGAGCUGGAGAGGAUUGGACGUUUCAUCCGGGCCAGGAGAGUCGAACUGGACACCAUUUACACCUCCGGCAUGGCAGCCAUCCACGAGGCCGUCCUGUCUGGGAACCUGGAGUGCGUGAAGCUGCUGAUUCGCUACGGAGCAGACGUCCACCAGAGAGACGAGGAGGGGUGGACCCCGCUCCACAUGGCCUGCAGCGACGGGUUCCCACACAUUGCACGCUACCUCCUGUCGCUCGGUGCCGACCCCGAGCUGGAGAACGACUGCGGCGAGAAGCCAGCUGACCUCAUCGAGCCGGACAACAAGGAGCUGCUGGAGCUGUUCGGGCUGGGGGCCAACGACUGAGCCCGGGGGGGGUCUCUGGAGCGGGACACUCGUCUGAGAGCUGCUGCAGCCGAACCCACAG